AAGGGCAUCUAUUUUUGACAUUAAAUUUGAACUCGAGUAUAUAACAAAACUUAAUUUUACUCAGUCACUUAACCGGAUUUUAAUCAAACUAUAUUAAUAUUUUAUGCCAUUGAACCGACUUCGAUAUUUAUAAUUUAUUAGACCGGACAAUUCCAGAUAAAAAAAAAAAAAAAACGGUAAAAAUUUCCAAAAAAGAAAAAACUAUGCUUUAAUUCCAAAAUAGAAGAAAAUGGGUGCUAUAUGUUCCGCCUUCCAGAAGGAUAAACUUUCUCCUAAAUGUAAAAAACCCGAAUCGGAUGAAUCCAAGACGCCGUCGUCGUCUGCCGUCCAGAAACAGGAGGCAGAAACUCCAUCGCAGGCGACAGUUACCAGUCAAUCGAAAGCCGAAGCACCUUCUUCCGUAUGCCAGAUUAAAGUGGAAGUUAUACCCGAAACACCGGACAAAACUUCUCCUCCCGAAAUAACCUCCGAUCCUUUAGCUCCCGAAAUGCCACCAGUUAAAAGGCUAUCUACUUCGCAACCGUAUCAUAAAAUAAGAAGAUUGAGUUAUGAUCCCCGUUUAAUGGAUGAAUUGCCAGAUCUCAGAUAUUGUUCCGAUGAUGUCAGAUCUCUUCUACUGGGGAGGGUACGAAAACCCGACAUUAAGUCAAAUGCCAAAGAAAUAUCUAUAUAUGUCUGCACUAGCUCUUUUGAGACGGAAUCUGAAUUUGAUUUGAUGUAUGCCGCUAUAUUUCCUACCUUAAGGCAUCGAGUGGCAGAAAUGGGAUACGAACUAAACGUAGUGAAUUUACAUUGCGGGAUGUAUGCCGAUUGCAUAGAUGAUCAUACGUUCAGAGAGAUUUGUAUCGAAACUUUAGAAAAUUUGAAGAAGAGAGGAAAACUUAUAAUAUUGGUUUUGUAUAAAGGCAAAAUAUAUGAACCGUGUCUACCUCGUGUAAUCGAAGAAACAGAUUUUGAUAAUUUUAUACGCAAAGUAGAAUCUGAUAAAGACCGAGAUUAUCUUAGGAAAUGGUAUCGGCUGGAUGAGAAUAAUAUUCCUCCCCGUUACGUUCUUCAGUCUAUUAGAUAUAAUAUACCCAAUAUAAUAUCCAAAAAUAUAUCGGAGAGAAAAGAAGCUAUUGAAAUGUGGCGGAAAGAAUCGGCCACCAUGAUCAACAUCUUAUCCAAAAUCUUGCCGGAUAGAAAGAAAGCCAAUUAUUUGUCUUUAGUAUUGGAAGAAGAAAUUAACAGAACGGUCAUCGAAAACAAAGGUUUUGCAAACAAAUGCUUGCUUGUUAAUUAUAGCACAUUAAUGAAUGGAGAUAGUGGUUCGGAUAGUGCACAAGUAGGCUCUUCUGUUAUCUCGCAGCUAGAAGAAAUUUUACCGAAAAAUAGAAUUAUUUCUCUAGAAACAAAAGACGAAGAAAGUCAAGAAAAGUUUUCAGCCGUUCAAGACGAAAUAAAAAAAAUAGUUGAAAAUAUUGUAGAAGCGGAUAGCGUAGAAGAAGAAACUAAAACAUAUAAAGGAAUGGAAGAACCACUUCAUCACGAAUUGCUUCUCCAAUGGUGGACCAGUAAAAUACAUUCGGCGAAAUUUAUCGGCAGGCAAGAUGUGUUAAUGGCCAUCAGACAAUAUUUGGAGGGGCAGUCUUCUAGUCCAUUAAUUGUAUAUGGGCCCGCCGGAUGCGGUAAAACAGGACUAAUGGCCGCAGUUUCUAAUUUGUGUUCUAGUUGGAUGCCGAAUACAGCCAUCAUUCUCAGACACAUAGGAAUCAGUUCCGAAUCUGCCACUCUCGAAAGAAUCCUAAGGAGCAUUAGUGAACAUUGUUGCAGUUUAAUAGGAGAACACGUUUCAUUAGCCUUUAAAAAUAUGCAAGAACAUAACGCAUCGUUUGAAAUUUUGAUAAGAAGAACUAGUCAGAAGUAUCCUAUGAACAUAUUGAUAGACGGCUUAGAUCAAGUCGCUAAUUAUAGCUCCAGAGAUUUAAGUUGGAUUCCCACCAAACUGCCUAGACAGACCAAAUUCAUUCUCACUCUCAGAGAUAAUAGUCCUGAACUCAAACAAUUACGAGACAUAUUUCCAGAAUCAAGUUUCUUGUCUAUUCCUUCUCUCACAUCCAUUGAAGCUAUGUCAAUAAUUGACGAGAUCUUAAUAAACAACAAAAGGGUGUUAACAAAUUCCCAAAAAACUUUAAUUAGAAAUUGCCUAUCAAAUUGUCCUAAUCCAAGAUACGCUAGAAUUUUGGGAUAUUCGGCGAUAAAAUGGCAGAGUUCUAAGAAUGUAGAUAACGAGAAUAUUCCUAACAAUAUUGAGGAUUUGGUAGAGAGUAAACUAUCGCUUUUAGGUGAUUACGUGGGUGAAGAAGUAAUGAACUAUGUAAUCGGUUUGUUGGGAGCUGCCAAACAUGGCUUAACGGACGAAGAGAUGUUAGAUUUAUUGUCCUGCGAAGAUGCUGCUCUGGAAUGUGUUUACCACGAUAACGUUAGCACAUUUAUCAGGUUUCCUCGACUGAUAUGGCAUCUGAUCAAGCGAUACCUGUACGCAUUUCUUGACGUUAGAACUGAAUGUCGCCGAAAUGUCACAACUUGGAAGAACCAAUUUUACAAAUACAGAUGCUGGGAGCAUAUCAAAGAACAAAAAGUUGAUAAGUAUAAAAUGUCGUUAGUGGAUUAUUUUUCAGGUAAAUGGGCGGGAGAUAAAUAUAAGUUAUACAAGAACAAAUUCAUCAAUAGAUUAGUGUUAGACCAACCCGUUGUGUUCGGCUCUGUUCCGAAUUGCCGCAAACUGAGCGAACUACCAAUGAACUGUUUGGAUCAAGGUUGUCCAAUUGCCAAAGCUUCUUAUUUGUUUAGUCCGGAAUGGAUCGUUGCCAAGUGCGGUUCUUCUGAUCCGUACGAAUUUCUGGAAGAUAUCGAUUUUUAUAUUUAUCACAACUCCGACAACGCCGACAACGAAGUGUAUGUUCUAAGAGAUGUAAUGCAUCUAUCCAGUUACGCAUUGAGAUACGACAGCACGCAAUUCUAUAGCCAAUUUUACAAUCGCUUAAAAAGUUUCAUGUCAGAAGAGGAAAAUGCAGAGAAAUAUCCUUUACUUCAAUCAAUCUACGAAAGAACAGUUAAACCACCUAUACCUAGUCUACUCUCAGCCAUGCCUUGUUUGCUUAAACCAGUCGGAAGUAUUCAAGAAGAACAAAAAACUGACAGUUCGCUCACUUUCAAUAGCAUCUUCACCAUAAAAGACGAUCCGUAUCAUGCCGUAACUUUAUCCGAAGAAAGAAAAGAAAUUAUAGUUUGGGACAUUCACAAAUCGAUACCAGUGAGAACUCUUCGAAUUUCUCAAUCUCCCAGAGAUAUCAAAAUCCUCAAUGGUAACAGAGCAUUGGUUCUUUGUAAUCGUGAAUUAGUCUUGUACGAUUUGAAUCGCGGAAAAUUUGUUUUGAGGCUGAAAGGAAUUAUGAACCAGAAGAUGCCUUACUACGGUAUUCAAGACAAUAAAUAUGUUAUUGCACUAUCGAGGAACAGAAUGUAUGUAAAUGUCAUGAGUUUAGAAACCGGCGAUAUGGAAACGACGUUUAAAGUGGGAGAAGAUAGAUUUUUAAAUAGUUUAUUGGUUAGUGCGGAUGGAAGAAUUUGUGUCUGCGGUGACGAAACUCAAAAACCAUUUCCAUUGUUAGUGUGGGACCUUACAGAAAGGAAGCUCAUUUAUGAUCUGAGGAUUCCACAGCACGAAUUUCUGACUAACAUGACUGCUAUUAGUGACGACAGUCGAUAUCUCGUAUCUAUUUGCAAAGAAUUGCCUUUAGAUGAUCCUUCGCCUAACUUUAUAGUAGUAUACGAAUUGGAGAGUGGAACAUUAUUUAAAAAGUGGAAACCGGAUUCGAAUACUUGGGGUAUUGCCAUUUCUCAUUUUGGAAACAUUGUAGUGAAUGGGCUAGAGAACGGAUCGGUGCUGGUUUGGGAUUUAAUAACAGGAGGAAAAAAGUAA